AUGGAUGAUUCCAACAACAAAGGUAAUUCAUCUCUUCUCGCUCACGACUCUCCACCUUCUUCAUCUUUGUUAUCACAACCUUUCUUACCCAAAACCCCAAUCUCAACAUACCCAUCAUUAGAAGACCAUGAUUCACAGCAAGAAUCAGACUCAAAUCAACAGUAUCUUCACAUCUCAUACAAUCACGGUCCUCGUUCUUUCAAAGACCUUCCUUUUCUUAUUCUCUUCCUCAUCUUCGUUCUCUCCACUUUCGCUUUCGGAAUCUUCUCAAUCUUCCAUAGAAACCACUACUCAACCAUCUCUUCUUACACCUAUGAUUCCAAUUCCACCUCAUGCAGUAUUAUCAGCCCUUCGCUUUCGUCAACCUCGUCUACCGGUUUUCUCUCUUCAUCUUCGCCUUUUGUGAAAGAUUUAACGUGGACGCUUGUUAUCACUUUUGUUAUAAGCCUACCCAUGUGCUGGUCGCUUCUUAUCUUACUCAAGCAUUACACCAAACACCUUGUCUACGCUUCGAUUCCUUUCUUUAUUGUCAUCCCGAUUUUCCUCAAUGUUUACUGGUUCGUUGCUUGCACUAUCAAAACUUCUUGCAGUGAUGCUUUUCCUCUGGUGUAUAGAAUUCUUGUGAUGGUUUUUGUUUUUUUGGUGAUUGGUGUGAUUGUGUGGAUUCUUGUUGUGAACUGGCACCGUGUGGAGCUUACUGUGAGUAUAAUUGGGGUUGCCUCUGAUGCUCUUUCUUGGAACAUGGGUUUGUUUGGGGUGCUUCCUUGUUUGACAAUUGGGCUUUUUGUGUAUUAUGUGCCAAUUGUGGUGUUUUUGGUGUUUGCUAAGUAUAAUGGCAAGGUUGUGCCUAAGAAAUUGCAUAGUCAAUAUGGUUGUGUUUGGAAGGAGGAUUCUUGGGUGCCAGCUUAUUUUGCAUUGGCAAUACUUACUAUGUUGUGGUCAGCAGCAGCUAUGCUUGAAGCUCAGGUUUAUGUCAUUAGUGGAACUAUUGCUCGUUGGUAUUUCUCCAAGGAUUUUGAGACUCCUACAAAGAGCAUUAGAACAUCACUCAGGAAUGCUUUUGGUCCUUCGUCUGGAACAGUAUGUUUGUCAGGAUUGCUUAUCUUUGUUGUACGAGUGGUGCGUUCCGUGGUUGAUAAUGCAAGACAAGAGGGUACUCCUGGGCUAGUGAACAUUGUUUUACGGUGCUGUGUAAAUGCCUUACUGACAGCUGUUGAUUUUCUCAAUAAGUUUACCAUCAACUUUGCUGCAAUAACCGGUGAAGCUUACUGCUCAUCAGCAAGGAUGACAUAUGAACUUCUUAGACGUAACCUUCUCUCUGCUGUUUUUGUGGAGACCAUAUCAUCCCGCCUUCUGGUUGGAAUUGUUUUUGUCCUAUCAGCAAUAUACACAAUUGUGGCCUGUGUUAUCUUAAAAGCAGCAACCAAUCUAGGGUCUGAUGCAUAUUUUGUGGCAGCGGCAGCAUGGCUUCUACUGAUAGUAGUCCUGGGUUUCCUCGUGCAUGUGCUCGACAUUGUAAUUGAUACAAUAUAUGUCUGCUAUGCGAUAGACAGGGACAGAGGAGAGGUUUGUAAACAAGACGUUCACGAGGUUUACGUUCACUUGCCCAUAAGUAGAAGUAUGAGACAAUCUACAAGAACUCUAGGUGUAUAA